AAUUUAGACGAGAGUUCUUAUAAUAUAAACUAAGUUUAAUUUUCAAAAGUAAGAUCGAAGAUAGAACUAAUCUUAGGGCUGAUCCGUUACAUGUUUUUCUCUCUUAUUAUUAUUACGACUAUUAUAAUUAUUAUUAUUGUUUCGUUAUUAGUAUCACUACUAUUAACAUUAGAUGUAAACACUUUGAAUGAAAUAGUUUCCUAAUUUGUUGGUUUGUAUGUAUGUAUAUGUGUGUGUUUAGUGUUCUUUUGUCAAUAAAUGUCCAUGAUUAGUAAACAAAUUAAAAUUUCUAUUUGAAUAACUUGUAGGAGAAUCACAUGGAUCAUGAAAUAAUAAAAAUAAAAAAAAAUCAACUUUCAUUUUAACAUAUGAAUUCAUAAAAACAAUAUGUAUUUAUUUAUUGAGACAAGUAAAUGUGUUCUUUUUUCUAUCCAUCUUAGCUUUGAUAUGUUAGUUGUUAAGAUCACUAUGGUUAUUAUUUAGUAAUGAUAUUAUUCAUUGUCAUUAUUAUUACAAAACAAAAUUAGAAAAUCAUAUUCAUGAUCAAAGAUUCAAAAUUACCGAAAUAAAUGUCAUCAUUAUUUUAAAUUAUAAAUAGUUUACUAUCUAUCACUCAAUAUCGUUUAUCGCUCUCUGUCUCUCUCCCUUACUUUCUCCAUUUUGUAUACGCACAAAAGAUAUUAACUAUCACAAAUAAACAAUUCAAAAAAAAACAAGCUCGUAUCUACAUAAAUGUAACAAAUGAAGUAUAUAGGUAUAUAUAUACACCCAUAUUUCCAAUGUCCAGAGUUGUUGAAUCCUUAUUUACCUUUUUUUCAUUUUGAAGUGUUGAUUGACGAAUGCAAUAACAUGUAUACUUUUUUUCAUCUAAUAUACUUAAAAUAAAUGUCUAAAUCUAGUCCACAAUAAUAAGACCAUUACUAUUAUUAUUACUAUUAUUUUACUUAUGAUAUUUCAGUAGUAAAGUGUACAAUUAAAAUAAUAUAAUGAUUGUAACCAAUAACUUAACUAUCUGUUAAGUUUAUGUAAUAAGUGAAAUUAACGAAGAUCAAAUAAAUACAAAACAACUGUCACUGAUUUCAUUAUAUUUUGUUUAUAUGACGUAUUCGGUUGUAUUGCGGAAGAUUAAACUGAAUGUCUAAUGAUAUAUAUAUAUAUAUAUAUAUAUAUAUAUAUAUAUAUAUAUAAAUGAAUUUUCUCAGAGAUUUUGCCUACCUUUCUUGCUUAUUAACAAUCCAUAUGCUUACAUACUUAAAAAUAUGAAUUAUGCGACACUUUUAAAAAUUCUUGAUGAAUACCAUUACUGGAUAACAUGAAUCACGGCUUCAUAGUAGGUAAACUAAAGGUAUAUUUGUAUGAAAAAGGUGUCAUUUUUUAAGUAUUUUUUAAUCACUUAUUGAACAUCUACUACUUGAAUGUUAUAUCCCCUGGUGAAUCAUGAAUGGUAAAUCUGAGGUCUAUUAUGGACAAAGUUUCAUAUAAAUAAAGAAAACAGCGAUGCUAAUGAAUAUUAAUAAUUUCAUGGAAUCAGUCAUACCAAAAACGUCAACACCAACAAAAGAGUUAACUGGAACUGAUUAUAUCGAUGAGUCAUCUGAUCACGAUAUGAUUAAAACAGAUUUAUUGAAUUCUUACACUUUGCCUUCAGUUGCGGGCUCGAGGAAACUUACUACUAGCAAACAUAUUAGUAGUCACAAUAGUAACAGAUCAAUUUUAAAAGAUAGUGAAACGGAAGCUUCGGCAGAAUGCUUAUCAAAAGACGAAUCUUAUCAUAAAUCGAACAGUUCAUCAACGAAUUACAAUGGUACUGAAUUUUUACAAGGUUAUACACUUAUAAACAAUCAAGAGAAUCUAGAAGCUAAUGGGUUGAAAAUGCGUCUUUUAGCGACACUGGCUGAUAUGAUUCCACAUGAUGAAAGUUUAAGUUUACGUCUACUGAUGAGCUACACAAUUGAUGAUCAAGAAAGUGAGUGUGUUGUUAUUGAUGAGACACUGUGUCGAGGGGGGAAGCGUAAUGAAACCAACAAUAAUUGUUUUCAAAAUUCUUUAGAUAAACCAAAAAGUAGCAAUGGAAUUCAUGAAAUGCUUCUCAAUGAAAAAAAGCCUAUAUUGAGUGCAAUAUCUCUUGAAUCUUCGACUACACAACAAAGUACUUCAAAUGAAGCUGAUGCAUUAGACUUGUCUUUACAUAAUGAAACAUCUGAUUCCAUGGACUAUCAUACAGGUCCGUUGAAUACAAAAUCAACAAAACAAGAUUAUAAGUCACAAGGAAUUAUUGACGGUGUAAUUAGCGAAAUAAAAUCCUCAAUCAAUACAUGUUGUAUACCAUUAAGUUUGUUAUCAUCUAGCCCUGUACAGUCCAAUAUGAAUACGACGAAAGCAUUGGAUAAAAUUGUGACUACAACAUCUGCAGCUAAUUCGAUUAAUCAAAUUCCAUUGUUUGAUACGUCUAUAUUAGCAUUACUUCCAUUAUUACAGCAACAACAACAGUCUCAACAAAUACAGUCAAACCAACAAAGUACGAAUACUUUAACAUAUCAAAAUGUUUUAAAUCCAAGUUCAUUGUCAUUGCUUCCUGCCACUAUUCCUACUUCAAUGACAACAAUAAGUACAACGAAAUCAAAUCCUGUCACCUAUAAUUAUACGGGUAUGUCGACAAAUGCUAAUUUGCUAUUCAGUCAAUUAUAUCCAACACAAUUGCAACAAAAUAUUCAACAAACUAAUAAUUUAAUUACAACACAUUUGAGUGCUAUAAUACCAAAACAAACAGAAGCAACGACAACAGAACCAGCUUCGACAUCAGUUUCGAAUACAAUCGUAGGUUCAUUGACAAAUAAUGCAGUUAACACCCAGUCUCUUUUAAAUACAGCAUCUGUUAUAGGAUUCCCAUUAAUAAAUCCAUUUUCACUCCAUACAAAUAUUACUAAUAAUAACAGUAUCAGUAACAACAAUAGUAAUACUGAUCAAUUUAAUGCAUUCCUAACAUCUACACCGUUUCUGGGAACAACAUCAACAUCUACUCUUUCACAAGUAUUACCGACACAAUCAUCACCAUCGAAUAUUACAUCAAUCAGUUUAGGAUCGACAAAUACCACUGCUACAUUACUCAAUGUCAAGGAUAAGCAAACAGGUUUAAUUGAAACUGUAGGUAUAAUGCCAAGUAUAAAACAUUUAAAUCAACCAAUUGCAUCACUGAUCAAUCAGUUAACUCUCAAUGCUUCGUCUACUAAUAAUAAUAACAAUAAUAAUAAUAUUUCACUUAAAACGCUUUCAACGUUAUCCCAACUAUUCAAUAGUAACCUCCUUACAACAAUAUCAACUCCUAAUUCUAUAAAUCAUAAUAUUACUAGUAGUAAUACAAAUUCUACAAAUUUCAAUACAGUAAAUAAUCUAAAUAUACCAACAAUAAUAAAUACCAAUAUUAAUAAUAAUCAUACUUCUUUGGAUAAUGGAACAAUGAAUAAUAAUGAACUAAUAACAAUAGAGAAAACUCAUACUAAAUCAUCUUCAAGUGCAAAUAAAUUAUCGAAUAGUUCUAGUCCAUUAUAUUCAGUAAAUAAUCAUUCAACAGAUAAAAUGUCAAAAUUAACUUCUACGAAAUAUCAUAAAAAUGAGAAUAUGAAAUUAUCAGGUCAACAAUCUAACACUACAACCACUACUACUACUACUACCAAUGCUACAACUACUAAUAGUAAUUUUUUAUUUGGUCGAAGAUUAGUUCUUAGUCGUCGUUUUAUUUGUAAUCAAUGCCGUCGUAAUUUUUCAUCAUUAGCUGAAUUAAAUCGGCAUACAAUUGAAGCGCAUAAUUCAUUUCGUUGUACAAUUUGUUCAGCACAUUUUACACAAAGAUCUAAUCUGCAACGACAUUCAUUGAAACAUGUUGGUUUUAAACCAUUUACAUGUAAUCUAUGUAAAAAAGAAUAUUAUCGUAAAGAUCAUUUAGUUAGACAUAUUGAAGUAACACAUCCAACACAUGAUCCUAAAAUGAAUAUCACUGUUCAUUUAACAUCAUCAGAGUGUUUAGAUUAUUUGGAUAGAUUACAAGCUGGAAAACAAUCACAAUCACCAUUAUUACAUCAUAAUCAAGCGGAGAAUAAAGAAUCAACGUCUAGUUUUAGUUCAGAUGUUACCACAAAUAUUACUACUACUACUACUACUGCUACUACUACUAUAAGUACGGGUAGUAGUAUUAAAAACAGUACUGCUUCUGAUAUAUGCAAUAAGAAUAGUAUCUACAAAGACGAUUUUGAUUUAAUGAAUGAAGAAUCCAUGAGAAUUGAAGAGGCUAAAUUAGAAACACCAGAUAUUGAAAUGAACGGUGACAAUGAUAUCAAUAAUAGUAAUAAUGAUGAAGAUAUUGAAGAACAAUAUUACAAUAUGACCGAUUGUAAUGAAAUUAGUUAACCAUAAUCGAUUACUGAAUUAAAAACGAACAGUCAAUAAGUGUAAAAAAGACAUUUUAAAGCUAUUUCAUCGAAAUUUACAAAACAGUUACAAGUAAAUAUAUAUUCUAUUUUCGUGUGUAUUUACUGGCACAACGUGCAUCUGAUAAUGCACCGGUCUCUGUGUUAUUACAGUUUACUAAUUCCUAAAAACACAUCGAAAUCCACUUUCUUCUUUUCCUACUAAAAUUGCAUUUAUGAUAAACACCUAGUGUUAUGAAUAACAUUGAAAUCUGUCGGUCACUUUUGAAAUAGCAUUCAGCAUUAUUAUGUAUUUAUAUAGAGGGAUACGUGCUAUUGUGCAGUUCCACUUUUCCAAGUGCUUAACUAAUUACAUAAAGUAAAAUGGAAUAAAUGAAAUGAAUAUUAAAAAAUAAAUCUCAGUCAAAGUUAGUUCCUGUGAUUAAUUAAUUCUUCCAAUCUUUUUUUUAAUGAUAAAGCACUUUUUUGUAUUCUGUUUCACUGGAUAACAAAUCAUUCAUUUUUAUACAUGCAUGUGUGUUGGGUCGGUUUAAACGAAACGUAGACCUUAUUCAACAUUCCACUUGUAUGAUGAAAAAUGUGACGCUACAUUAAGAGCGAAUUUUUUGUUUCUACUUCUUAUCUGUCUUUUUACCAUGCAAACAUGUUUUUUUAUAAGGUUACUUUUUUGCUUUCAUUCAAUGAGUUUGUAAUUUUUAUAUUUUAUUGACAGUUACUUCUAUCAUUCCUUAAUGAUAUUAAUGUUAUUACCACCACAAGAAACCAACUUAUGGUACCGAUAAUCAACAUUGUCAUAUCUAAUUCAUGUGUUUUACGCUCAGUAACUCCGCUUUGUGAAACUGAAGUUAUUUAGUAGUUCGUAAUGAAAGAAACACCAAUAGAGAAGUGGUUAUUCUAGACAUAUCUUUGAUAUUAAUGUCAUUUUAAAUUGACAAUUGUUUGGGAGAAAAAGAAAUGUAAUUUAUACCUAUUUGCAUGAUACUACCAUGAAGUGUAUGUUCGAAUAUACCCUAAAAGGUUAGUGUUUUGUUAAGGAUCUUGAGAGACUGAUACAUAAUUAAUCAGUUUAUGUAGCACAUUUACGAAAAACUGAUUGGUCAUUAAGUGGUGACCUAAGUCAUGUUUGUCUAGACCUUAGUGUUGAUCGAAUUUUACGGAUUCAAUUACAAUGUGACCACUAGUCUAAGUGACUCGAUGUAGUGUGAGCUGUGUUGUGUUAAGUGGUACUCGACAUGAAACCCUGGACUUGGGUAUCGUAUUAUUUAUCACUCAACAACAAGGUGCAUCUGUGAUUUCGAAGUAAAUGAUGUUUCUCGAUGGAUAAGAAAUCCUUAACGCUCAGCUUCAAAGCUCAAGGUAAUACCACUGAGCUAUUCAGGCACUGACUAACCUUUUUUUUACAACUAAGAUGGUUAUGUUGAUUAAUAAUGGAAUAGGAAUCAAUGUCCAGGGUUACCCAUACACAAAAUUUAACCACCUAAAGUAAGAACGGUUACGGAUGCAUUUACAGAAUAAAAUCAAUCCAUUAUAUAUGAACGAAUCGUACAUUCUAGAAUCAAAGGUUGGUUAACUUCUUUUUUAAACAGCUACAUGAACGCAGAUAUCAUAUUAGGCAGACCGCAAGUACAAAGUGUUAUUAAUAAAAUACUGAUAUACCCAAUUUAUUGGUGAAGCUAAUAUUUAAUAAUCAGUGCUAACAAUGUCAAUGAGUGUAAGUGCGCAGUUUUUUACUGAUGCAUUGCUAUCAGGAAUCGGAUAACUUCAAAUCCUAGGAAGUGCUGGACCACAAGAUACACCAGCAUAAGGAGUGAAUCUCUGCUUAUACCCU